GAAACUGGAAAGAAGAGUCGCCGGAAUGGAGGAGCACCAUUACCUUGACUCGACGAGGCUCGUUUGAAAGCUCAUCCUGAAUACCGGCGAUACCGCAAAGCAUGGGUUCGGAAGCGUGGGAGCUGGAACGAAGAUAUUCGGUUCCGGGAGCCUUGGACACCAGAGGACUAGAACCACCUGCCAGCGAGGACUUGCAUGCCUGGUCCAUCUACAGGCAAAAUCUAAACUCCGAUUUCACGGAUUCCGCUCUGGGAUCCGCAGAGAAGUCUCCGCUUCCCUACGGGAACUUUCAGCUUCGCGAUUCGACGGUGCAGAGCAUUCUCAGGCAUCCCAGAUACGGGCCAAAGAGUCCUCUGGCUAGCAACUCGUAUACCUAUCUGAAAUUUGGCUUGCCGCGAGUUCUGCCUCCCAGUUCAAGGAAUCGCGAUGGCUCCAGCGGUUACGACUCCAGCGAGGAAGGCCGUCGAGUGUCCCAUGCUGGCACCUCUGCCCACGGGACGACCUCGGCGAUGCGCUCCGCGAGAAGCGAUCCCGAUUUCAGACACGUUCACGCGGUGCCAAGAGAACACGCGCAUUCGCAGCUAACGGUUUCCAGAGAGAAUCCGCGGCUGAGGAGCGCGAGCGAGGCGAAUCUUCUUCAAGGAGGAGCAAAGAAUAAUCGGAGGCACAGCAUAGCGCCAAUAGAUCCUGGCUACGGGGUCCAUGAACCUAGAGGCCACGGUAUCCUGGGUCCAGAGAGUUACACGUUGCCCAUCAGACCAGUGCCGUGUCUUCAGCACCCUCAUCUUCAACUGCGAGGCGUCGAAGCCGCAGGGUCAGAUGGACUACCUUUGCUUCGUGGAAUCACUCUGGAGGCUGGAGCCACCGAGGUCCUGGCUAUCAUGGCGACCACGGAGAAGGAGGGUAAGCUGAUCGUGGAAACCAUUGCUGGCAGGAAACGCAUCAAGCGGGGCGACAUCCUGCUGAAUGGAAGAUCAGUGUCCUCACGAUCCUUGAGGUCUCGAGUAGCUUAUUUAUCUACGGAGUGCAGCCUGAGCCCGGGUUUAACUGCUCAACAGACUCUCAGUUUCUAUAUGUUGCUCAGAGGUGGUCCGAACACUUCCAAGCUUGAGGCUGAAGCAAUUCUGCAGGAACUUGGCCUGGAAGCCACUAAACACUGUCUGGUGAAUUCUCUGACCACUUCUGAGGCAAGAAGACUGGCUUUAGCGUGUCGAUUGUUGCAAGACUCUCACAUUCUGGCGUUGGACAGACCUACGCAUGGGUUGGACAUUUUUGAUGCCUUUUUCCUAGUGGAUUAUUUAAGGCAGUGGGCCAAUAGGGGCCAAAGAUUAGUUGUGCUGACGCUGCAUCCACCUACGUAUGAAAUAUUGACCAUGGUGUCGAGGGUUGCACUGACUUCCGGUGGCAGGAUCAUGUACUCCGGUCCUAGGAGGGAUAUGUUGCCAUAUUUUGCGCUCGCCGAAUUCCCCUGCCCUCCUUUCAAGAAUCCUUCUGAUUAUUAUCUUGACUUGGUAACCCUGGAUGACCUAUCUGCAGAGGCAAUGCUUGAAUCAUCACAAAGGAUAGAUCAUCUGGCUGAAUUAGCAAGGACAAGACUGCCGCCGUUAUGUGAUCCUGGACCACCUGGUGCACUGCCACCCUCCAUUUCCAGUCCUAAUAUAUUUACUCAGAUCUAUGCGUUACUCUUAAGAACGCUGAUCUACAGUCAGCCAUGGACGCUAACUAGACUUCUCCGCAGAAUAGUCAUCUCUGCAUCGCUUAGUAUUUUACUUGGUGCAAUAUUUUGGGACGUUGCUGGGGACUCGAAUUUACAUUUAAGAGAUAGAGUAGGUUUCCAUUACGCUAGCUUAGGUAUCUUCUUCUGGCCACUAACCUUAAUAGCGAUCUGCGAGGUAGCUGAUUGCAGACCAAACGUUGAAAGAGAUAUCAAAGAUGGCCUCUAUGGAAGAUUUAUAUACAUUUUAAUGGAACUAAUUUGUGGAAUAUUAUCCUGGUGCAUAGUUUAUUUAAUAUACUUGGCACCAGGCUAUGCAAUGUCAGGACUGCAUUUGGUACCGGAUGAGAAUCUAACAUCCCUCUGGAACUAUCUUGGCAUCGGAUUACUGUAUUUAAUUCUGCAACACCUGAUCUGUACUCUGUUUGCUCAUACUUGCAAGUGGACAUAUUUGGCUUCUCUGUUUGCUGGAAUUGUGAUUGGUGAGAUGACUUUAGCCGGAGGAGUGACUUUGCACUUAGAAAACUUGCCAGGCUGGUAUCAGAAGAUUAGUCCGAUGCAAUGGUCCUUGUCUCUGCUAUUGCCUGCGCUACAUCAGUCAGAUGCAAUGAACAAAUUAACUAAUUGCAAGCCAAAACAAAUUCAGAGGCAAGAUAUUAUUGUUCAAGCAGCUUGUGAACCACCGGAUGGUGCUUUGGCAUUAUAUGAAAUUACUCUAGACAGACUCAAUGUGCGAGGAGAACUUUGGCUAGGAAUAGGAAUAGCCAUUGUCAGUGUAUUAAUUAUACUGGUAUUCCUAUGCAUUAGGUACACCACUCCUAAAAGACUUAGAAGUGCACCCAAUAAGCCAUAAUGUGCAAUAAUUUUUCAAUGAUUAAAGGAGUAUGCUCCUGAAUUAGUAUAAAAAUGUUAAUCUGCUCAAGAUUGACAGAAUAUAUCUGUUCUUCAUUAUUGUAAACGAGUAACAAAGUAUUCCUUUAACGUUACAAUUUUGUAAGUACAAGUAUAGAUAUUAAUAAGAAAUGUACUUCAUCGCUUUGUUAUAAAGUAUGUUACUUUUGUACUACAUCAUGUUCAUUGAUUUUGAUUCUUGUCUAUAUUAUUUGUGACUUUUUAAAGCGAGAAGCUUCAGAAACUUGCAAAAUAGACUUGUAAAAUGAAGUUCCAAAAUUCAAUGAACAAUGAACUAGUGGUCCUCUUGAACGCUUCAAAAUAACUUGUAUCUGUAAUGCUAUAAUCAAACUGAAAGAAAAAUGUUUUUGUCAAA